ACUACUCAUUCUCUUCUAAUGUCAGUCAGAGAAUGAUUUUCUCUGCUCCGAAAUCUGCAGAAUAGAAAGCGUAUGUUGUCGGUCAGCCUGGAAGAAAAUUCAACGAGCCUACCUUGUCAUGAGUGUUUUCUGUCGCUUACUCUCGAGAGGACUUCUCUGCGGACGGGCAACAUGUCGGUUUGUAACCGGACAGCAGGAUUUCAGCGGUGGCGUGCUGCGGAUGACUCGGGCGGUUGGCUCGACCAGCCCUGUGAACCUAACCUAUGACGUGUUUGACGGGACAGGGGACGGCACCCCCCUGGUGUUCCUCCAUGGGCUGUUUGGCAGCAAGUCCAACUUCCACUCUAUAGCCAAGUCCCUGGUGCAGAGGACAGGCCGAAAGGUGCUGACGGUCGACGCCCGUAACCACGGUACCAGCACACACAGCACCGAUCUGACCUAUGAGGCGAUGACCAAUGACUUGACGCACUUGCUUGCCCAGCUGCACAUCGGGAAGUGCGUCCUGAUUGGCCACAGCAUGGGGGGCAAGGUCGCCAUGACUACAGCCCUGUCGCAGCCUGGCCUGGUGGAGAGGUUGGUGGUGGUGGACAUCAGUCCAGCCCAGACCACCACCCGUACCAACUUCCACUCCUACAUCCAGGCCAUGAAGGAUGUGAAGAUCUCUAGCGACAUCCCUCGCUCGACCGCCCGCCGCAUGGCCGAGGACCAGCUACGCAAACUGGUCAAGGAGCGCUCAGUGCGCCAGUUCCUGCUGACCAACCUGGUGGAGCAGAACGGACACUACGCCUGGAGAGUCAAUCUGGACGCCAUUGCCGCACACCUUGAUGACAUUAUGAGCUUCCCUACCUUCGAAACCACAUACGAGGGCCCCACCCUCUUCCUGGGCGGAGCCAGUUCUGCCUACAUCAGUUCUGAGGACUAUCCAGAGAUCCAGCGGUUGUUCCCAUGUGCAGACAUCCAGUACAUCCCAGACGCCAGCCACUGGAUCCACGCAGACAAACCCCUGGACUUCAUCAGCUCCAUCAGCUCCUUCCUGCAGCCCUAACCUACCCUGCUCCAACCCUCUCCACCCUCCACCACCUAAUUACUAAUCCUAUCCUGCUCCAACCCUCUCCACCACCUAAUUACUAAUCCUACCCUGCUCCAACCCUCUCCACCCACCACCACCUAAUUACUAAUCCUACCCUGCUCCACCCUCCACCACCUAAUUACUAAUCCUACCCUGCUCCACCCUCCACCACCUAAUUACUAAACCUACCCCGUUCCACCCUCCACCACCUAAUUACUAAUCCUACCCUGCUCCAGCCCUGUCCACCCUCCACCACCUAAUUACUAAUCCUACCCUGCUCCAACCACCACCACCACCUAAUUACUAAUCCUACCCCUCUCCAACCACCACCACCUAAUUACUAAUCCUACCCUGCUCCAACCCUUUCCACCCACCACCACCUAAUUACUAAUCCUACCCCUCUCCAACCACCACCACCUAAUUACUAAUCCUACCCUGCUCCAACCACCACCACCUAAUUACUAAUCCUACCCUGCUCCAACCACCACCACCUAAUUACUAAUCCUACCCCUCUCCAACCACCACCACCUAAUUACUAAUCCUACCCUGCUCCAACCCUCUCCACCACCUAAUUACUAAUCCUACCCUGCUCCAACCCUCUCCAACCACCACCACCUAAUUACUAAUCCUACCCUGCUCCAACCCUCUCCAACCACCACCACCUAAUUACUAAUCCUACCCUGCUCCAACCCUCUCCACCUAAUUACUAAUCCUACCCUGCUCCAACCCUCUCCACCCUCCACCACCUAAUUACAGGACAACCGCUGGCCUUUAACAUUAUUCACACUAAUACGGCACAGCACAAAGCCACUGUUAUCCAAUGGUGGAAAAGAACACGCUCCAAAGGGCAUGCUGUGUUGCGAAGGCUCUGAGGGCGUCGGUCACUGCUGUUGCCUGCACUCGUCAAAGUUCAAAUAAUUGUUUGACCUUUCCAACGUAUGUGCGUGGUGUUCUCGCUCUGAGCAAAACGCCUUGUGCGAAUAAUGUGAAAGGCCUGUUAGGCUCUGCCCACUCACACUGGGGUCCACCUCUUAAAACAGCCAGUAGGUAGAGCUUCAAACCAGAGGAGGCACAGCCAUCUUAGUAGACAAUGCUAAUAUUGCUAACCCUGGACCAAACUCACUCUUUCUUUCCAUGCUGUUUAUCUUGCGAUUUAAAGGAGCUGUAUGGAAAAUGCCCUUAAUUUAUCUAUAGUAAUAGUGGAAUGACAGUGUUUCAUCAUAUUUUGUUCCCCAAAAAAGGUUAUUGGGCUCACAAAAAAUUGCAUUCUAAUGGUGCCGCCUUCUGAUUGGUCAAUAAAAGACGGACCAUCUCUUGUGAAAUUGACAACGAGUUACAUAUAGCUCCUUUAACCGCCAUAUUGUAAUCAAGGAUUUGUGUAAAUCCUGUAUUACCGUACUUAAUAGAUAUGUAAAUAUUAAGAAAAGUAGAUAGUUGGGUAGUAAGAGGUUGAGAUUAUAUUUAAAGUAGAUAGAUUGACAGUUUGUUUUUAAAUGAGGGAGUGUUUUUAGGUAUGAGUUACUAAUCCAAAGAUCCUCUCGUCAUUGUUGCACAGUACCAUUCUACUCUAAUCAGGUUGAUGUAAAUCAGCAUUGAAGAAAGGCUUUGAGCCAGGUCUUAUAUAGUCUAGUCUGGACAUGUUCUGUAUGUAUGUGGCUACGUCUCAAAUGGCACCCUGUAUCCCAUAUAGUGCACUAGUUUAAAGAUGCACUAUUCGGAAACUGCUGUACCAUUUCCUGGUUGCAAAAAUUCUAAUAGCUUGCCUAAUGUCAGUUUGUAACAAACAGGAAAGUAUAGUGUGGAGAAUCAUUGUACCAUCUAAACUGCUGUGAAAUAAUCCAUAACCUAAAAUAUAGUAUUUUUUUAGCUGUUUGAAACUGGUGUUCAAAUCUGAAAGUAAAAGAUGUAAAAAUAUAACUUAAUCACGGGAAGCAUAGAAAUAGCGCACAUAGAACAGAUCUACCACUUCUUAGACUUGCUUUCAAUGAAAAUGACAGAUCUAUAACUUAAAUGUUUAUGUGAAUUUGGUCAGAUCGCCCAAAAAUGUACAUAUUGCAGCUUUAAAAGCAGUGCACUAUGUAGGGAAUAGGGUGUCAUAACAGCCUUAAUAUAAGUGCACUAUGUAGUCCAGGGAUGUCAAACUCAUUCCACUGAGUGCCUAGUGUCUGCAGGUUAAGACCUAGACAACCAGGUGAGUUCCUUACUAAUUAAUGACCUUAAUUCAUCAAUCAAGUACAAGGGAGGAGUGGCCCUCUGUGGAACGAGUUUGACACGUGUGACGUAGUGCAACAAGGAAAUAGGGUGUCUAAUUUGAGACAAUGCCUGAGAUACAUCGCAGUUCUAACCCUACAGUAUGGGGAAUAUGGUGUGAUCUCUAAAGCAGCCAGACUGUGUCUCUGGGAUGGGUAGUCUAGAGGGGUGAUUCAGCAGGGAGCUUGGCAGAACAGAAAUAUAAUCUCGUUCUGUGGUUGGAACCCUGGUUGAUAAUGCUGGCCGAGAAGUGAAGCCUGGCCUAAAGACGAGCCAAGCGGAGAGAAUGUAAAGCACAGCUAAAGCAUUAUUUACAAAGCAUCUCGGAGUAGGAGUACUGAUCUAGGAUCAGUGUGCCCCUGUUUUUGCCUGAUGUUCGCUACAUACUUCAGUCUGACUGCCAUCAUUAACCAGGCAUGCUUCCAUCCAACCUUUUUUUUGAAUGAGAUUUAUAGUACGUGUCGGAUAAAAAAAAUGCCACGAUAGCCUUGAUGGAAAAAGCUAAUUGGUCAGUGAACUUUCCAAAUGUCUAGCGUAUUUUGUUUAGUCUACAAGGUGGGAUCUUUUUGUCGUAAAAUGUAUUAUGCGAGAACUGGGGGUCCUUCCAUUACGACUCGGGAAAGCAUGCAGUUUAUUAGGCUUCAUAUGAAAUAAGUUAUGAGGAACUUCACAUGGUGGUGAAAGUGCAAGGGGAUUAGCUUGAUGCUGCUUUCCAAUAAAUAUUGAGGGUCUUAUUCUAGUGACAUGAUGAUCGAUGUUUGGCUGCCAUUUGACAAAUAAAAAUGAUCUUUCUCUUUAGUCCAUAAUAAUUGAAUCAUUCAGAACCGGUCGAUUUUCAAGGCAUUCCUCGUCGAUCACCAAACAUUUCUGUAGAAAAUCCACGUUAAAGGCUGGGAUAAAGGCUUGCGCUCCUUUUAAAUUCAUGUUGUGCUUUUGGCGAGAGGUGCGCUUGAUUUGAGAAGCCCUGCGCACCGGGUAAGCAAAGUGUUCCCCAUUUUUAACCAUUUCAGUUGUCUGAAAAGUUCAACUGGGGGGACUGGGAGAUCUGUGGCUAAAUCGAAUGCGCCUACUUGGGUGGCCAAUCUGAUAUAUCAAAUCACAGUGCCUAAGGAGCUUCAACGACCCCAGGCCAUAGCAAAGUUUGAUACUAGCCCAACUUAGAUGUAAUAACUUGUAAAACCAUGACCACAGAGAGGCUGUCAAAGAAUACAGCAAAGAGCCGCUCUUUUUUAGGAGCGAGUUCAUGUUAAAAAUAUGUAUUCAACACUAUGCUCUGCUCUGCCUUGCAAGUGCUACACCAACUGAUCUAUUUUGUAAUCAAAUCUCAAGUUUUUAAAUAUUGCCAGGCCAGGCAUAUAGCCAAUAUGCUGUGUUAAUAUAUUAGGCCUACUGCACAAACCUCAUUCUUACAGGACUGCUUUUAUUGGGUUAAUGUUACAUUUUCUUAAGUCAUGCUUAAAAAAUAAUAAUAAUCCUGAGCGGUAUCUCGUGUUGCAUUUUGACUGCGAAAGUGAUCUUGACUCAAAGGUUGGUGACCACUGAUCUGAGCUGUUGACUUUUUGGAUUAGGUUGGAGUAGGGUAGUGGCCACAUUCGCUAUAUAACGCAAAAACAAUGUGUGACAAAACCAUCAGUAGGCCUGGAGUUGAAAGUGCCAUGGAAACCCAUUUAACUUUUUUAUUGGGUAUAUGUGAAUCCACAAAAGGUAUUUUUAUGUGCACUACGUCAUCACGCACGGCCUUUUAUCCACAACAAGUCCAUUUGAUGGAAACUCAUCUCUGCAGAUUUUUUAAAUAUUCACGUGAAAAUCUGUCGCCAAUUGGAUGGAAACCUAGCUAUUGAAGUCGUUUGCGGUGAUGUCAAAGAGGGGUGUUGUACAAAACAAAGUAAUCAGAGAUUGGCUCAUCUCUUAACUAAUCAAACCUCUGCUUUAACAGUGUGUGUGUGUUCUGGCUCUGGCCCAACCCAUCUGUUUCUGGGACCAAUCAGAAUGGUUAGAAUGGUUUUCUGUUCUAGAAAUUGUUGUGGAAGUACUCAAAUUUAGACUCAUUGCGGAGAAGCAAUUAACAAUUAACAGCCGUGGGUGUGGUGUAGCGUUUGGCUGGAGCAAGGUGCUUGGGUAGCCAGGCAUGUGUGUGUAUGUAUGUAUGUAUGUAUAUAUAUAUAUAUAUCAGCACUCCUAAUCCUACAAUGCUUUAUGAAUACAGGCCCUAAUUGUUUUAUAUUAGAAGUCUGGACUAAAGACGGGACCUCUCAAGCAAAGGGAAUGUAAAGUACAACUGCAGCGCUGAACCAUAGAUUAGGGUGCUGAUCUAGGAUCAGUUUUCCCUUUUUAGAUCAUAGUGAAUAACGUAUGAACAAAGGAUGAACCUGAUCCUAGAUGAGCACUCAUGAAUAAGUGCUCUGGUUCUGUCUGAACUGACAUGUGGAUUUAGCACCUGAUGUCAGUGAAGGAACAUCUACGGCUCCCCAGAGAGAUCGGGGCUGUUGUGUUGCUGUGUGCAAUCGCUUUUAUACAUGGUGUGUUUUGUGUGCGGUAUGUUACUAAGCCUGUGGGAAUUAGCCAGAAAGGAGGACAAAGUUGUAAAAUGAUUGUUACCGAAUGGAAUAAGACAUUAAGUGAAAGCACACAGUGUAGCCUAGUGUUAAAGCUGUUUUUUUUUUUUUUGGUAUCUUAUCCUCAGCUGGGGAAAAAAGGUGUUGCAAUUGAUGCAAACGCUUAGUAAAUCUGACCUGUAGUCUUUGGAAUUAAUUUCACUAUUUUUUUUGUCGUACUACUAGAUUACAUGUAGUGUUACACAUGUAACACGUAACACACCUUUUUUAUAGUGUGAUGUCAUUCAGAUAGCUAUUUAGCUAUCUUUCUAUGCCAUUUAAGCGCUAAUAAAGCUAUAUCUUUCCAGGUACUGUAUUAUCUCCUGUAUCUCCCAGGUUAGACUCUACAGCGGAGGGGGUCCUACUCUGGUCUUGGGGAAUCUACUGGACCUGCAGGGUUUUGUUCCAGCCCUACACUAACACACUCUGGAGAUCCCUAGGACAGUGGGUCCUGACUCCCAACACUAACACCUUAUUCAACUAAUCAAGUUCCAGACAGAAGACCAUGAAUAGUUGAUUACGUGAAACUGGUGUGUUUAGUGCAGGGUUAGAACAAAAGCCUUCACUCUCUCGGGCUGGAGUUGGAAAACCCAAUGCUCUACACUACACUCUGGGUAAUAUUCUCUACUCUUCUGUGUUGUGAGUGGGCAUUUUGUAAACAAUUAACUGUGUACUCUGUUUGUGAUAAUCUACUAGCGUCUGUUUCAAUGGUCAUUUAUUCAAGUAUAUGAAUCUCUUUGACUCUGUAGACGAAGGCUGCAUUUACACAGGCAGCCCAAUUCUGAUAUGUCGUUUGACCAAUCAGAUGUUUCGCAAAUUAUUGGGCAAAAGAUCAGAAUUGGCCUGCCAUGUUUUAGUGUUCAUGGGUAUGUCAGAUAUGCUGCAAAAAAUCUAACUCAUAUUGUCCUUAAUCUUAUCAGAUUUCCUCUACUGUUGUCGGGUUUGUUCUUCAGUGAAAUGUUUUGGUGCUUGUGUGUCUGGGGAAAAGUACAAUCAGUGAUACUGCAGCUCAGUCUGUGUGUUUGUGCCUCUGAGGCUUUUUUUUGUUUUCAUCUCUUUUUCAUCUCUGUAAAAUUUGUAACAAGUUUUCCGCAGUUAUCCAGCAGCUCUGAGACUGGUCUCCGUGUUGCCAGUUAUAUUUUAUCACAGUAACUCAUAGCCCCAAAAGGGUCCUAGUGUGUUUAUAAUUUUUGUAGUUGAAAGUAUUUUGAUCAGUUGAAAGUUAAACAAAAAGUGUACUCCAUUGGAUGCCAGGUUUGAAUAACUAAAGAUAUCAGAAUGGUUCGUGUUGAACUAGCUUACCCUUGUUUUAACUCAAAUAGUUGUAAUUGAGUAGCUAGGCAAUCCCCUACCAAUCAUACUCAGACCCCAGGGUUCAUAUUGGCUUUCUGUUGGUCAAGAAUGUGUCUAGGGGAAAGAUUUACAGAUAUUGAACCUGGGUUGAUGGGGUUUGCACUUUUGGGACUAUUCCAUUAACACUGUACAAGCUCAAUCAAGCGCACACCUAAAGUAUUUGAAAUAAAACCAAUACUAAUUGAACCAAUUUAACCCAGGUAUGAGGUGAAAUGUUUAAUUUAUUUAUGUUCAUGUUGAAAUUGACAAACCGUAAUUUAGUCUAUUUUACUAUGAGCAUGCCUUUUCAUCCUCUCGUUCAGUUGUCGAUAGGCCUAUGCAUUUUAACUUUGCCACAGUAAUGUUCAUUCAAUGUCAAAAAAUGUUAUGUAGAUGUGAGAUACAUUGGGUGAAUAAUUGAGAAAUAUUUAAUGAUGUAUUACUGAUGUAUAUUAAAAUUGAAGGAGAAAAAAAAA